AUGGCGGACCAAGCGCUGAAGCGCAUGCAACGCCGGUCGCCCUUCGAGGACGCCCUGCACAAGUCGCCCUUUGAGACGCCCACCGUCCAAGAGCACGUCGCGGAUGUCGUAUCCGAGUCUGCAGCCGGCAAGGAACAGCUGCAGCUUUUCUCCAAGGGCGCGGCUGCCGCGGCGCCGAAGGCCAAGCACCUGUUCCCGCCGCCGCGUCAGGGACAGCGGAUCGCCCCAGGCACUUCCCCCUUCGACCACCCGCCCCCAGGCCUGGGUCCCCGCUUGCCCUGCCUGACCGCGCCACACAAGCUGUCCACGGGUGCCGACGGCAGCCCUUGCUUCGACUGGCAGCUGGUCAAACAGAUGGGUUCCUCAAUGGAGGACAUACUGAGCAUCGUUGGCAGAUUGUCUUCGAGCUUGGGUCACAACGAGGGUAUACGGACCGCUGAUCCCGGGGCUAGCUGA